AUUUUGAUUCGGAGAGAGAAGGGCUGAUAAGUGGAAGAGUAAUUUUCCGGCAACCAACAGCUCGCGUAGAGGAAAACUGUCCAUUUCAAAGUUCUUGAGCGACUCGAGCUGGCAGGAUGCUCUAGCGCGCUGGACGAUUGGAAUAAUAUACCAUUGAGCGACGACGGAGAAAAGGAAGCUUGCGAAAUGCAGGUUUUCAUGGAGCUGUUUAGUAGAAGCACCACACCUAGUCAAUCUCAUACUUUGGAGGGUAGCACAGGGGGCGGCGCAGGAGGGGAGACUGGGUCAAAAAUGCAGAAGGGCCGCAAGGGGUGGGCUUCGAUUCUGGGGUUGUGCGGACACUCACCCUUCACCCUCAGAUGGUUAGAGACGCACUUGGAGAGAACACAGUCUGUCGCGGUGCGAAUCAUUCUGCUUGUUCUUUUCUUUCUCGACGUCUCUGGGAGGAACUUUGGCCAGGUGGUAUUUUGUAACAACCCCAUUACGGGAUUGAUAGUUUUCAUCGGAAUGCUUAUUUCCUCGCCAAUUUUGGGACUAGCAGGAAUUUUGUCUUCAACGAUAAGCAUCAUUUUUGCCCUUGCAACAAAUCACCCUCGGGAAGGUUUGACCUGCGGCGGAGCUGGUUUCAACGCUAUCCUCUUUGGAGUGGUGAUGAAAGCUAUUGUUUUAAAUAGUGAAGAGAAAAUCGAGGACGUGGAAGCGGUCACUUGGAUCACCAUUUGCGUUGGCGCCGCAUUUACGGUUAUUUUGACAAACGGUCUGGGCAGUCUCCUUGGCUCGGCGUCACCUCCCGUGCCCUGCCUCUCGUUGCCCUUCAACCUGACCGCCGUUGUAGCCACCCUGACCCUGACCUUCAUCAACGAGCUCCCUGGUCACGAAGGUCACCAAGGGGAUCGAAAUCUAAACGAAAGCGCCGCACUCCUCAAUCACACGUCGGUCGACAUCGAAUCAUAUGAUGACAUUGACUACAGCUUGCUUUUGCAGGGCAGUCUUUUAGGAAUGGGCCAAGUGGCGGCCAUAAAUGACAUCACCUGCUCGGCGCUCAUCAUUGUCGGAAUGUUAAUUUUUUCUCCACUUCUAACUUUGACCGCUUUUUUGGGCUCACUUUUUUCAACUUUUGUUGCCGCUCAUUUGAGCUCAUCUUUACUGGAGUUUGCUUACAACGGCCUGAUGGGCUACAAUGGUGUGCUGACGGCGUGUGCUGUCAUGUUCUUCCUAGUGCCUUGCACUACUUCCAUACUGAUAAACCUAGUGGCGGUCUUGGCCACCCUCCUCGUCCAAAUCGCUUUCGGCUGGGCUUUCAACGAUAUUUCUCUUCCGUACUUUUCGCUGCCAUUCGUCGUAGUCUGCCUGUCCGUUUUGGGCGUCCGAGGCCCACCGCGUCCGGCCGUGCUAACCUUCCCUGAGCACCACAUUGCGCAGUGGAAGGAAAGCGCCGUCACCCUUUCUGCGCCGAUGGCCUCCCUGUCGCUCGUGUCCCUGUCGCAGCAGUCGGCGCACUCGAGCACCCUCACCGAUUCGCGCUGGAGACGCACACCGUCCCUUUGAGAAAACUGUAUUAUUUAUUUAUUUUCUUGUGUCUUACCCUUUGAAAGGUAAAUAAAUCGUAUUAUAUCUUGA